AUGGUCUACUUCACAGGUAGGCUUGAGCAGACAGCUGGCAAAACAGGAGCCUUUGUCUAUGCCCCUUUGAUUGGCUUCAUUCUUAGCCACUAUGGCCCGGCAGCCGGAUUCCUCAUCUUCAGCGGUGCUUAUUUCAUUAUGGUCCACGUGCUCGGGAUCUUUGAGUUGGGCAUGCUCCGGGGCAACUUCUGCAUAUGGGUGGCUUUUGCGCUCUUCGCACUUUGCCGGCCGCUGCUGUAUGCUUCUGCAAAUACCCUUUGCGGAGACCUCUUCGGCCACCGCCACCAUGGGCAAAUGUACGGCCUGGUCAUGACCUUGGGCGGCUUUUGCAGCUUGUGGAUUCGUCCAUUGGCGGGAUUGGCAGCUUCACACAGCUUCCUGAAAGUUGACUAUGGCCUGCUCGUGCUGCAGGUCUUCGCAACUGCACUUCCACUUCGAGUUCUCUGGAAUGUCUCCACUUUGGAGCAUGCUUCCAAGGGCGAAUAUUCACCCGUCUCUCAGCGUGAUCCGACACUGACUGAGAAGGAAGCAUAA